AGCUCCAAUUGAACAACAAUUAACAUCUUACCCAAAGAAAACUGUCUCUUUAAUCAGUCUAGUGUUUUGUUAACUAAUCACAAUUUAUUUUUUCUUCAAUCGUUACUUUUGACCUUUAAAAUGGAAACAAUUAGUUGGGUCCCUUUAGAAUCUAAUCCUGAUAUGAUGAACAAUCUGAUUGACAAUUUGGGUGUUUCAUCUGAAUGGAAGUUUGUUGACAUUUAUGGAUUUGAAGAAGAUCUUUUAUCAUUUAUUCCUCAGCCUGUUUUGUCUGUUAUAUUGCUCUUUCCAUGUGGUGAAAUCGGUUCCCCAGACUCUCAGCCAGAAUGUGACCGGAAACCCGACGAAAGCGGCGAUUCACCCAAAGAGAUGAGUGCAACUUGCAAGGAUGAAAAUGCGAUUUACUUCAUGGCACAAACCAUUCAAAAUGCUUGUGGCACCAUCGCCAUUAUCCAUUCCGUGGCUAAUGUCAUGGAUUCUAUCACUUUCACCGAGAAUUCAUCUCUGAAAAAGUUCAUCGAAGACACCAAAGGAUUAACACCUCUCGCAAAGGCUGAAGUCCUGAUGAACACCGCCGUGAUUAGUGAUACUCUCCAUGAAAUAGCUCAAACUGGCCAAACCGAAGCUCCAGAUCCAACUGCAAAUACCGAUUGUCAUUUCGUUGCACUGACUCACAUCAAUGGUCAUUUGUAUGAAUUAGAUGGACGAAAACCCGGACCAAUCAAUCACGGGCCCUCUUCGCCAGCAACUUUCCUCAAAGACGCCACCAGAAUUUGUCAAGCUUAUCUAGAUAAAAGUCCACAGUCUUUCAAGUUCAGUGCUUUGGCUCUUUGCAAAGAUGUUUAAUCAUCGGCAAUUACGGUUAAUCAAUUAUUCACUUUUUCUAUGAAUCACAUUUGUAACGUUUCGAUAAUUAUUCUUUCAUCAAUUUGGUUUUACAUCAAUCGAUAUGAAAUAAACUUUAAUUUUAUUGUUA